GCUGGGUGCGCCAUAUUGGCUGGCAGGUUUACGUGGGGAGCAGAGUUAGACAAGCCGCUUGAAAAAACAAACCAGUUUCCAGGCAUGAAGCGCUUUGAGGACAGCAAGUAAACCGACGCGGUAGGAUUUUGUUUGCAAAGUGUUUCAUUUACUCGCCGUUUCCCCCUGUGAAGAGGCUGUCGAUGAACUCGACUCCGAUGGAUCCCAGGACCGCUUGGAUCCAGCAGGAGCAAAAGGGACCUGACAGUUCCCUGUGGAUGCACAUUUGGGAAACCCCUCUGGGAUUUGGAGCAAACUCCGCCAUCGACAACCACCUUCACCACCAACGCAACUUUGCAGCGCUAAAUGCCAACUCCGCAGUCUUAAACGGCGAGUACUGCAAAAAUGUAGCGCCGCCGCCGGGGACUGUGUUUGGGAAACUGCCGAAGCGAGACGGCGGCGGAGAGAGGGGAAGUGUCCGGAGGAAGGGCUCGUUGUCACCGUCCUCCUCCUCUCUGGACUCGGAGGCCGAGAGCUCCUCGCCUUUUGGCUCCUCUCUGCACAUCGACAAUUUAAACGUCGCAGAAGAGGCCAGCCGGUUUUUACACUACGGCGAGCACGAGUUGAACGAGAACAAUCUCAGGCGGCAACAUCCCCCUCCGCCUUUUCACGCUGUUCAGCAACACUGUCGCAGCAUGCAACAAUCUGACGGCCACACCCCCACCGGGGUGAAAAAUCAGCAUGGGAACAAGCACCACCACCAUCAGUCACAUCCAACCGGCCGCAGGAGGCUUCUGAACAGGGCCAACACUUUCCACGGUAUCAACCCGCUCCUGUCUUACGGUUGCAAUGGACACCACGUAGAUUCCUCUUGUAGCCUGUGGAAAACCAGGCGGUACAGCCCGGGUAUUAAUGGUCUUCAUGAAGAAAUUGUAGACUUUUUCAACUUCAUGUCACCAAGACCAGAGGAGGAGGCCAUGAGAAGAGAUGUCGUGAACCGAAUAGAAAGCGUCAUCAAGGACCUGUGGCCCACGGCUCGGGUGGAGAUAUUUGGAAGCUUCAGCACAGGACUUUACCUUCCAACAAGUGACAUUGACCUGGUGGUGUUUGGAAAGUGGGACCAUCCCCCACUGCAGGAACUGGAACAAGCUCUGAAGAAGCACAAUGUGGCCGGCCCAUAUCCCAUCAAGGUCCUCGACAAAGCCACAGUGCCAAUCAUUAAGCUUACUGACCAUGAAACAGAGGUGAAAGUGGACAUCAGCUUCAAUGUAGAGACUGCUGUUAAAGCGGCACAGUUGAUCAAAAGCUAUCUGAAGAAGUACACUGUUCUGCCGCCUCUGAUCUUCGUCCUGAAGCAGUUCCUACUUCAGAGGGAUCUGAAUGAAGUCUUCACUGGAGGAAUUAGCUCUUACAGCCUCAUAUUAAUGGCCAUCAGCUUUCUGCAGUUACACCCUCGGAUUGACACACGCCGCGCCAACAUCAACCUGGGCAUCCUGCUGAUCGAGUUCUUUCAGCUUUAUGGCCACAAUUUCAACUACAUGAAAACCGGCAUCAGAGUGAAGAAUGAAGGGGCUUAUCUGUCCAAGGAGGAAAUGCUCAAGGCCAUGGGGAGUGGAAACAGGCCAUCCAUGCUCUGCAUAGAAGAUCCAAUACAGCCAGGAAACGACGUUGGCAGGAGCUCAUAUGGCAUCCUGCAAGUCAAGCAGGUGUUUGACUUUGCCUACAUGGUGCUGAGUCAUGGCGUGUCUUCUCUUGCGCGCUCUUACCCCAACAAAGAGUAUGACAGUACUUUAGGACGCAUCAUCAAAGUCAGCCCAGAGGUGUUGGCCUACAGGGACUGGACAAUCAAGAAGUGGGGAGCCAAGCAGUAUGCCAAGCUGGAGAACCAUGAUGUAGAGACCUGUGAGCAGGACCUUGCCCGGCUGAUGCUGGUUUCUGUGGAGGAUCAGAGGGACACUUCUUCCCCUCUUAGUGCCGACUCCCCCUCACCUUCUCCAGUCUUCCUGCCCAGCCCUCAACACCAUUCAUCAUCAUCCUCUGCUUGCUCGCUCUCGUCCUCCUCUGGAAGUGACAUGGAGUCUGAUUCUCCUCCGAACAGUAAUGCUGCUAUCCAACUCCACCCCCUCACCCUGGCCUCAGUCCAUUCAGUAAUCCAGAUGGCUAGUGAUCUGAGGGCCACACAUCCAGCAGGCUUUAUCCACGCCACACCUCAGGCCCAGAUGUCCCUCCCAGAAAACCUAACCAUUCCCUCGCUCUCUGAUUGCCAGUUCUACCAUGAGAAUCCACCUUCAAUCAGUGUUGUGCACCGUCACACGUCACAAGCUGCGCAAGUCUCCCAGCACACUAACUCCACAAGCCCUCUCCCCAGCCCCCUCCACCAGCUCCACCAUCCUCAGGUAGGAGGGCAACAGUGUCACACUUUCACCAUGAGAUCCAAUUCUCAUGGCUCCCUUGAGCCGCACAAAGUUGGCUUCAAGCACAACCAAGGUGGCAGCCUCCAAGGUCAACAUCACUCUCAAGGUAACUACAGUCCCCAGCGGCGGUUUGUUCCCCAGGGUCAUAACACGGCACCUGGUUUCAGGAACCAGCAGCAGUACAACCGUAACACCUGGCGCCGCAGAAAGCGGGAAAAUCUUUCUACUCUCAACCAGAGCAGAUGAAAGACUGCCGCUGCAUUACUUGACUUGACUGGCAUUGGUUUUUGAAGGCCUCACUUAGCCCAUCAUGAGUCAUGGUGUUGAGAAGGCUUAAUUGUGCUUAUUUUGGUCGCUCAUCGGUCUGAUGCCAGUCAGAAGCCCUUCCUCUAAAUGUGAUGCACACCAGCACAGAAUUUGAGUUGAUUGAGGAAUCUCUGAUUCCCAGACUGGGUCUUCCCACCAGUGUCAGCUGCUAUAAACCGAUGAGUUUCCAUGCAACUUGAAACAUCUUAAAAAGCAACAUUAUGUGCCAUAGUACUGAACUGAUUUAUCAAACCUGGUCUUUCUUGAAGUUUUGACUCUUACUGGGCUCUUAUAGGUUUUGGGCUCAUUUGGUCUUCUACAUGCAACUCCUUAUUGGCUAUGCUCUUGAGUCAGAGCUCUUACAGCUUGGACUAUCAUCUACAAAUUGUACUCUGGACUGAAGCGAAGCACUACCUUUCUACCUAUGCAGCGCAACGCUGGCUUGAUAUUUAUGGUGUGAUGGCACAAAACGGACCUUGUCUCAAGUGCUUAAACUGUGAUGACUUGUUUGAAUGUACCAUGUGUGUGUUUAGUUGUUUGUCGGCCAUUAUCUUUUGUUCUCCUAUUUUUGUCACAGAGGGAUAUUUUUUUUUAAUCUUUUUUUUUUAGGUCACAUUGGCACUAUUAUGUUUUGGGGGGUUUUGUAUUGUAAACAUUGCCACCUUAUUUUAUGUUUGUUGCGUUUAUGUGCAAUAUUGACUUGCUUUUAUUUAUUUAUUUUCACAUUUUAGUUUUAUUUUAGGGGUUCUCCCCACAAUAAGUUUGCUUUUUUUAAUUCCAAGACUACAUUGAUCUGUGCAAUAGAUGGAUUUAAGGGCCUUGAAGGAACGGCGGGGGGGGGGGCUUUCCAGCGGAAGGGGGAGUUAUGGUUUAGCAACAUGAGAAAUGUGCCAAAAAUCCCAUGAUGCCAACAUCUUACUUUACGUCUACUUUACCAUUGCAUUAUGAUCACUUGAAGAUUUGCCAACUGCCUGUCCAAAUGUUUUUCCACCACUAGUUCUAUUUUUAAAAACAUCACUCUAUUCAGUAGUUUAACUUUUAUUUGGGUGUUUUUCCUCUUCCUCAUAGACUGUAAGCUAAAGGAAAAACUCUGCUAAAGGAAAUUCACCUUUAGCAGAGUUUACUCAUUCAUUUCAAAAAUAGUUGGUGCUAUUUAUUACCAGCAAAGUGCUUGUGUUUGCCUUAUGUCCUUUUUGAUUCUGUUAAAGCAACAGGUUAACUGCCUUCUUAAAUGACCAAAUUUGCCCUUUUUCUUGUCCAUAGUCUGCUUUCUCUAUUACCCAUUUGCACUGCCAGGUUUACUUGGCUUUUAUUUUUACAUGCAGCUUCUGGGUGUAUGUUCCAGGAGUAGGCUCCUACUGCAGUCAAUGAUUGUCAGCAUUAGCAUCAUGUCACAUCUAUUUUUAUUUUUUUCCCCUUUCUCCCUACUUCAAAGGUGAUAAUUGUAAACCAGUUGUAUAAGAGGCCCUUACAUUUCAGAGAUUUUCCUCUCCCAUAUUUAGACUCACGACAAGGUUUCCAAGCUAUAUAAUUUACACACCAAUCCAUAAGAGGACUUGAGCUUGGGAUAUCACAGAUUCUCUUUUAUAGGAGUCACAUUUCAAAAGUCUGAUUAUUUGACCACCCUGGAUGCCAACUGAUGGUCAACACAAUAGUUAGUAUAAUCCCCUUGUUUUCAGUGCGGCUUUCAUUCAGCCGUCUAGAGGAUAAUAGGUGGGUUGUUAUCAUAUUGCCACAAACCAAAUCCCCAGCUCGUGUGUGUACUUAAGGAUGGGUUGUAAUGUGAAACUGACUGACAUAUAGAUGUAUACCUUGUUUUUUAUGUAAGUUUUUCUAUUUUUUUAAUAAACAUUUUAAAACUCCA